AUGGCGACGGGGGUGACGCAACCUGGGGGAAAUUUGUCUGGUUGUUUCCCUGUCAGAGGACUGAUAAAGAGUUAUGCUGUCGAAGGAGACGGAUCAUGGCUAGUUGCUUACAGGACAGAGCAGCGCAGGAGAUUCAAGGCUGUUUUAUGUGGCAAACCACGCACAUACUCACGUAUAAAACGGGAGAGGAAGAAAACAGAGAAAAAACGUGCUGUGGUGGCAAAACAAAAUACAGAUGACUUUAGUGACAGUGAUGAGAGGCCAGUCCUUGAUGGCUUCUUCUUGAUGAAACACUGUCACAUAGAAGACCCAUCUGAUGUUUGUUCCAUUAACAUCUCUGGCCUGAAACUGACAGACGCCAACCAGUCUGACUUUCAUAUGUUUGACAAUGUAGUACACAUAAAUGCAGGAGAAAAUUAUCUCCCAUUCGGUGCAUUUCCAAGCUUUCCUUUUUUAAGAGAACUCGAAGUGCUAAAUGGUUUGAGGGGCCUGAAGAUUCAGCACAAUGACUUCCCCUUGCUUGAGGUGUUGGACCUGUCCUACAACAACCUCUCAUAUCGUGAUGUAUUAACCCUUGGACUUCUACCAAACCUACGAAUUCUUCAACUGACAGGCAACAAUUUUAGCAAUCUGCCUCAAGAUAUGGCUGCGCCAUAUAUAUCUGAUGACAAAAAGGUCAAGAAGAAUAGGUACUCUAGGCUAGAGAUUCUGUUGCUGGAUGACAACAAACUGGAAGACGUCACAGUUUUUUCAGCUCUUGCAAGACUACCCAAACUUCGCCAUCUCAAUAUGGAGAAGAAUCAGAUUACUCAGGUUCCUCAUCUGAAGUGUGUUGAAGGUCGCAUUUUCAUUUACAAUGUGUCCGAGCCCAACACAAAAGGCCAACGCAGCGGAAAUCACAAAAGCCUAAGAAGUGUCAUAUCUCAAAAUACUGGUCCUGAGACAGUGAACGACCUGUCCCAAAGAAGUCCUUCAAUUCAUGAGGAAGUGUCUUUGGUGGCAACCAUAAUGGAUACAACUGAAGGUCAUCUGUCAUCAAAGAAGGCGACAUUGGGAACUCAGAGGCAAGGAGAAUGUUCUGAUGCUGGUGCUGGUGCUGGUGCUGAUGCCGAUGCCGAUGCCGAUGCUGAUGCUGAUGCCGAUGCUGAUAAAAGAGAAAGCUUCACUCUUCUAACAGAUGACUUCAGCCUUGGUGAUCUGAGUGCUCGUAUCCAUGAACUUGUGAAAGAAGAAACUGACGAAAACCAAAAUGAGGCUAAUGAGGAUGUAGAACUCAAACCUUUGUCACCUUUUCCAGAACUGCGGUCGUUGAAUUUGGCACAUAACAAGAUUGAGGUGGAGAGUGCUCUGCUGGCAGUAGCUACAUGGCCGGCGCUAGUCCAUCUCAUCAUCCAUUCCAACCCUCUGACAACUCAGCAUGCUGGGGACCCUCCUUUGCUAAAACAAUUCUUAUCAGAUCGCUUAGGCAUUAGACUGCAGAGGCAAGUCAGGGUUCGCUCUGGAAAACACCGCAUAGAAAUGCAGCAGAACAAGGCAAGAAAGGUUUCAGACAAGAUCCCAAAGGUCCCUCGCUCGACCAUUGAAGAGAGGCUUGCCAUAGAGGCUCCUACUCCAAAACCGGUCCUUUUGGGUUCUGAUGCUUGGAUGCUUGGUGAAAGUCUUUCAGACUUUGAUGGUAAAACUUCAAGAUGGAAGCCUGAAUCUCUAAAACCAGAAAGAGAACUCUCAGUCAAUCAGUCAGCCAUCAGAAAUUAUGAGGACAGACAUAAGUGGCCAGGUGGGAUGGUAAAUGAAGAGGAGAAUGCUGGUUACAACAAUAAAAAGUCACAGAAACCAGGAGCAGCUUACUCUGAUACCUUUUACAUGACACAGCUGGAGGAGGAAGUCUUAGCAGCAGUUGACAAGAGAGACCAGAAAACUAAAACUGAUCGCUACAAAGGUUAUGAAAUCUUCCUUGACAUUGACCAUGAAAAAGACCUUGAUGAAGAACUGCCCAAAGAUAUUCAAGGGAAUAUCCGUGCCCUGAAGUACACAUUGGAACAUCCCCUUGUAUACAGAGAUACCUCUGUCGACUUGGACAGAGUAAAGCGCAAAGUUCCUGAGUUUAGACGAGUUCCUAUUCCCCCUGCUCAGCCUCAUAAGUCUCAUCAAGAACAUGUUGAUGAUGUUUUGGAAAACCUGAGGACCCUAAAAACAGUGGAAGAAGAGAAGUUGGCAGAUGUCCUGAGACAUCCUCGAAAGUUCAACAAAAAAUUCCCUGAUGCUCCUCAUCUUCUAGGACAGAUUCAGCGACGCUACAAUGCUGUAAGAGCAAACUCAAUAAAGCCAACACAAGAAGCAAAAAAUGUUGUUGAUGAAGCGUUUAAGGUUCUCAACAAACGCAGAUAAACAUUCCAACCUGUAAUGUGACCCCUGGCACAACUUUUCUGAACCCAAGAUGAAGUAUCAGCUAGUUCCAAAUCAGAGCAUGGCUUCAGCAUCCAGUAACUGUAUAAAUUGAUAGGUUUGGAUCCUGAUAUUAUUUUAUACCAGUACUUAGCUUCUUGAUCAAUGAUCUGUAACUGUGCCAGACUUGAAAAAUGUACUGAUUAAAAAUAAACUGAAUAACACUUUC